CAGAAUUUUUGGGGUUGGACGCUGAUACCAAAGGGCGGGCUGCCUGUGUGAAUUGUCGGAUGUCGCCGCCCCAUGACUAGACCCUAACCAUGUGUACGUGCACGAUAGUGGCCACACGUACAUCAUGCUAACGUCGUCGCGGUAGUAGUGGUCUCAAGACGCCAAGACUCCGUAAGGAAUGGUACUUGAGGAGGUGUUGAUAGGAAUUUGCAAGAUUAUGUGCAAGGAGGAGGUGAUUUCACCCUUGAAGGACAGAUGACUUGAUGCUGAAGAUGUCUGGAGGUUCGGGAGGACUGUUGUCCGGACGUUACCACGGCGCGUCGGUGCAGCUGACCCCCGCCGAGGAGGAGCAGCUCGCCCUGGAGCAGGGCUGGCGACAGACUCAACAACUCCUCGUCUGCGUCUUCACCUGCGGAGUCGUGGCGGCUGCCUGGCUGCUGGGGAGCAUGGGAGUCUCGGUGGCGUGGCUGGGUGGCCUGUGCCUGCUUCUCCUGCUGGUGUGGAGGGGGAAGGUUCAGCAGAUCGUCGAGGAGGCCGUGAGGGAGGAAGAACUGCGGGUACACAGGAAGAGGGCGCUGAGGCAGAGCGAGACGGCAGAAUGGCUGAACUUCAUCUUAAACAGAUGGUGGGUGUUCAGUGCUCCAUCCAUCUUUGCUAAGCUGAAGCUCCAUCUGGACCCCAUGCUAAACGAGAUGAAACCAGGCUUUCUCGACAGCAUUGAGUUGACGUGUUUCACCCUUGGAGAUCAGACACCGCACUUCCACCUGGUCAAAGCAUACGAGUACUCGGACAUGAUGACCAACCCUCGUGUGGCGACUCCGGAGAACAUCACAAGUCCCCCGCUGGACAUGGCUAAAGUGAGCGACUACCAGCUGGUUCUGGAGGCUGAUGUGGGGCUGUGCUGCGCCGACUUCAAGAUGAUCUACACAGCAAGAUUGGGGGGCAAAAUGAUGGGUGCCAACAUCGAUGUAGCUGUGGAGAAGCUGAACAUCUCUGGAAAGAUGCAGUUUGUGCUGCACAUGGACAAUGUGACCAAGUUUCCUCACAUCGCCAGAGCAACCAUCUGCUUCAUAGAGAAACCAGAGGUGUGGUUCUCCAUCCGGAUGAUGAAGGCAGUGAAACUGAUGGAUGUUCCUGUGCUGAAGACAUGGCUGCACUCUCUACUCAUGGACGGACUCAUCACCUCAUUAGUGGACCCUGGUAAGAUGGAAAUCAAGUUGGCAUCUCCAGAUUCUGACCAAGAGUUCAGGCCAGAGCUGUCACGUAGAGACUCCAAAGCCAAGGGUGUCCUUGCAGUGACCUUGAGCAGCGUCCCUCCCAAGCUGAAUGAGUUUGCUCAAGUAUUUAUGGAGGAGACCAGGUGGUGUGUGCUGAAGUUGGGGGAACAGAAGGAGGUGACUCAGCAGACCCUGGCUACGGCCAAGUGGCAGGACACCUGCGCAUUCCUUAUAGACGACCUUGACAAGGACAAGCUGUCAAUCAAGAUGAAGGGGCGGGGCAUGCUGGCGACACACACCCUGGCCCAGUAUGACCUCUCUCUAGCUAGCUACGGACUGGAGGAAAGCCAUAAGUAA